AUGGACUUCAAGUGGCCUUCCGAAGCGAAAAGGACACAGGCCUUGAUAGAUGGAACUUUCAAGCCACAACUCAUUUAUCCUCGUUUCAUGGCUGUGUUCAGAACAAGGAUCUUCCUCAGCAUUGAGAAAUUUGCAGGCGUUCCGGUCAGUCUGGUGUCUUUGCCGACAAGCAGCGCGUCCUCUGCCCCCCCGAAGCUCAUUCCAUUCCCUUCGCGGAAGAUGCACCGAAUGGGUGGCUGCAACAAAAUUGAAGAAGCUAGAGGGCUGCAAGUGGACUCCGUUGGCAGGCUGUGGGUUCUGGACAGAGGAAGCGACUAUUGCAAUGCAAAACUAUGGAUUUUCGACUUGUCCAAUAACGUUCAAACCGAACACAGACAUCAAUUUUCAUUUCGCUAUAAAAACAUGCACGAUUUGGUGCUCGAAGAAACGCCCAACGGAACCUUGGCCUACAUAACGUAUUGGGGUGAAGAAAACAUUGUCGUCUUUAGUUUGGAAAGAAAAGAAUCUUGGAUAGUGCAAACUCCAGGAAACAUAGUUUAUUCCGUUGCCCUCUCCCCUAAGAGUAAGGAGGAACCGAGAAAGCUCUACCUCACCAAUUUAAACUCCAAUGAACUGUUUUCAAUUCCCGUUACCGCACUUCGCAAAGAAGCCCGAACUGCAUAUCCGACAUUAUUCGGAAAAUGGACUACAAUGCCAUAUAGAUUGGUGAUGGACAACCAUGGGACCAUGUAUGCUGCCUUUUGGUGGAAACACUACAUACGCUCUAAGAACAAAUCCCAGCCAUUUGAGGAGCAAACUUUUUAUGAGGUUGAAAAUCUGGGUACUUCUUUGGCAUUUACCUUUGCCUUAGACUCGUCAGGAACCUUUUGGAUGACUGAGCUUAAUAAAACAGGGACUAAGCCAAGAUACAGACUACUAAAGGCCGCAAUCGGUGCCUUGUCAAUUACAACAUCAAGUCCAACUAAUACUUCCAUUUCCCCUAAGACUGAACCAAAACCUGCAAGUUUGUCCAUUCCGACUACAACAACUACAACUACUGAAUCAACGCCCAUAACAGCCAAAACCUUGACCCGAACUCAAAAUGCGACCGAAAAAGUUGAAAAUUGCACGCAACUCCCAGAAAUCAAUCACACUACGCCUGAUAGCUUGUCCAUUCCGACCACGACAAAAUCUCGGACGCCUGCUGAGGAAAAUGCCGCAACCGAGGUGCAGGAGAGCAGCACCCUGACAGAAAAUUGGCACCAUUAUUGGCUGUUCAACAUCAUCCUGAUCUGCGCCAUCGUGAUCAGCGUAAUCUUGUUUAGUCUUACCAUGUUUAGUUUUAUCCUGAGAAAGAAAAACUAUUCCCGUCUGCAAAACACCAACGAUGUCAAAGAAUUGUCCAUUUUUUGUGACGAUAAAGAUGACGUCGGCCACGCUGAAGUGCAGAUCAAGGAAGUCACGAAUGAAACCAGGCCACUGGAACAACUCCUUCACCUGGUGCCUACGAGCAGACGGUUUGUCUCAGCUCGCGAUCUGAGUGAAAGCGAUACCAGCGAGGCCGAGGACGGAGAAAUCUGGAGAGGCGUCUAG